UUUGAAAAGCACUGAACGGAUGUUGAUUCGGAAAUGCUGGUCGAACGUGUUGUCUUAAUUUCAGCUGCACGCAGUCUAAAUAUCUGCCUUAACUCAAUGUGUCAUAAAUUCAUCGAAACGUAGGACAAAUUCUUAAAGAAAGUUGUUAAUGUUUACUUCUGAAGUACUCACUCUACACGCUUACAUCAUGUGCUGCAAUAAAACAGGAUGCAGCGACUACCGCUAGCAAGCUGCUCCUGGAAAGUAGCCUCUUAGCUGACAGCUUUCGAGGUGGACUAUGAUGUGUCCUAUUUCUCUGUUAUGCUUUUACUUGUUUUGAAUAACAUUUACACAAUGGAAACCGAAGGAAUAGUAAUCCGCAUAAAAACACCCAGUGGAGACAUGGACUCCUCCGUCGACUGUCCAUCCCUUCUAAACUUCAAUGACUUGCUGGUCGCCAUCAGAGAUGUGAUGCCAGAAGCCACAGUCACUGCAUUUGAAUAUGAAGAUGAGGUUGGGGAUAGAAUUACUGUAAGAAGUGACGAAGAACUUAAAGCCAUGUUAUCUUAUUACUGCAACACAAUGAAUGAACAGCGGAUCAAUGGACUGCUGCCGGAGCCUCUGCAGAUAUUUCCAAGAGCCGGCAAGACCCCAGGGAUACGGAACAUACAUGGCCUCAAGGUGAACACGAGACCCAGCGCAGCACACGAGUGCUCCCAGGCCACCCCAGAGCCUGUGACCACGAGCAGCCUAAAGAAGUCUUCUGCAGAGCUGAAGAAGAUCCUGACCAAUGGACAGAUGAAUGCCCAGGAUAUCCACUGCCAGGAGCAGCUUGGCCAUGGGAAUGGAGGCACUGUGUACAAGGCAUACCAUGUUCUUGGCAAGAGAGUUUUGGCAGUCAAGGUCAUUCCACUGGACAUCACAGAGGAGCUGCAGAGACAGAUCAUGUCAGAGCUGGAGAUUCUCUACAAGUGUGACUCUCCUUACAUCAUUACAUUCUACACCGCCUUCUUUGUAGAGAACCGGAUAUCCAUAUGUACCGAAUUCAUGGAUGGUGGUUCGCUAGACGUAUAUAGAAAAAUUCCAGAGAAUGUUCUGGGCCGGAUCGCAGUGUCGGUCGUCAAAGGGCUGACCUAUCUGUGGAGCUUGAAGAUUCUUCAUCGAGAUGUCAAGCCCUCCAAUAUGCUGGUCAACACUCGAGGACAAGUCAAGCUCUGCGACUUUGGAGUCAGCACGCAGUUGGUGAAUUCUAUUGCCAAAACGUACGUGGGGACAAAUGUCUACAUGGCGCCAGAGAGGUUAUCCGGGGAGCAGUACGGUAUUCAUGCAGAUGUCUGGAGUGUGGGAAUCUCUUUCAUGGAGCUGGCACUUGGCAUGUUCCCCUAUCCACAGACGGCUGCCCUAAGGACAUUGAGUUAAACUGUUCAAUAGUUGCAAAUGUUUGCAUCAACAUUGUUGUUAUUCACAGACCCUCAUAACGGUUCAGUUAUAUUUAGGAAUAAUAAAUGCCACGUGGAGCAAAUAUUGUUAUAUACAUGAUCUUGAAUCAUAGUGUUGAAAAUAAACAUGAAACGUGAUUGGCUGUAACGCAAAGUUGAUAAAAGAUAUUUCAGAAACCUGAAACCUCAAAAAGGGACUUAAUUAGUUUGUCAUUAUUUCAUCAGGAAGAUUCUUCGAUCACUAUUUUGUUAUUAUUAUUUUAGUUUAUUUGUAUUUUGACAAAAAAUUAAGCAAAGAAAAAAACAUUUUCUACACCGAACCAAUACUACAGAUUGAAUGACUCAAAUACUAGGGAACAAUCGAAUUAUUAAAACAACACAAGCAUUCUAUUUAUGAAUGAACUCUUUUUCAUCCCUGGCUCACUUCCAUACCUACCAUUUUUCCUUUCCCUCCCCAAAUAAACAGUUCGCACAAUGCGCUUUUAUUUAUAGUAUGAUGGUAUUAGCCCCUACUUUGUUGGUUUAGUUCUUGGGUAUUUUCAUGUGUCAUUACAUUUUUUAUUCAUUUGUUCUUGCAUCAGUGUACUUUUGAAGGGAGAGAGAGAACGGGAGACAGACUGGGGAGGGCUCCCUCUAUCCUCGCCAUAGCUCUCUCUUGAGUCCUGGCGUUCCCAUUUCUCCCUGCCUCCAUAUGGUGCUUCAGACAGUUCACCUGCGGGGCUGUGUCAGAGCUGCGUUUCGCUGUAGCGAUCAGCUCCAGCUCGCCGGGCGCAGCCGGCCCCCGUCCCCGGGCCUUGGCUGUCAUUCCCGCAGACUACUGCCACAGCUGUCUGCAUCAACCCCCUUGCUUCACCUAACGCGGAACACUUUAUGGGGCCAAAGGGCAGAAUAAUGUGGGGAACCAGUCAACAAAACCCAACCCAGAAGAGACGGUUGUUUACAUCACAGAUUGGUUGUACAUAAGCACAUCCGAAAGCGUGAAAUGGAGGAUAUAGAAAAUGUUUGCUAGUCUCUCAUCCUAAAUCUAAAAGCCUCAAUCUCAUUCUUCAUUCUUUUAUGGGGGCCACUCACAGAAUUGUCAGGCACAUUACCUUUUUUUAAUCUUUGCUUUGUGUGUGUCUAGUCAUCAUCUUUUAUUUGUCAGUGGGAAGAGGCAGUUUCUUCUGGAAUAUCGCUUCGCUACACACAACAGCACAACUUAUUUGCAUUCUUUGUCGGGAGUUAAUGGAGUUUUUGCCUGGCUCGCUCUGAAAGUCUUUGAAGACACCAAAGCUGAUGUGGUGUGUUUACACAGCCGCCAGCGGCUUCUGCUGCUGAUUGAUUUGUUGCCUGCUUUCUUUUUUCACUAUUCAUUUAUUUUUUUGUAAUUUACCUAAAUGUAGAUGGAUGGGGGAAAAAACAUGCCACUAGUUUCAUGUUAAUCAAAUCCUAGUUUUGAGUUGUGUUUCUUUGGAUAUGUUCCAUUCCACUGCAGUGUCAAUCAUACAACAUGGUUCUCCUGGCACUGUUGCUCUGCUUUCUCUUUGAUUGGUUUCUUCUUUCUUUCAUCUCUUGAAUUGAAGGAAUUCAUGUUUCUUUUUUAUUUAUUUUUGUGAUUUAGUUUUCGUGAUUUUAAGAUAAGGGAGACAGUCAUAUAUUGAUGAUGCAUACGUACUUAAUAAAGUUGCCUAAAAAACCUAACAUAUGCUCACAUUUGACUCACAAUGGCUAACCUCACUUCAAAAAAGGUUAAAUCUGCAAAACGCAUUGCAUUGCACUCACCAUAUAAACAGUAAGAACCACCAUAGAACCUUCAACCGGCCAUCAACCACACAAGUCCGAUAAAUGGCUUGUACAUUUUGACAUUAUUGUAGUUUGCAAAACCUUGAGGAGAGGAUAAAUGGACUAACAACCACAACCUUCUGGCAAUGUUCCUCCAACAUGUGUUCACGUCUUUGUGGUGACAGACAGGGGCUGCCCUUGCCUGCAAGCACAGAAGGCCUUUGGAACAGAGGUAUUCAAAGGGUCUCAUCUAGCAAGGAACUCCCUUUCUCAACCUUCGUAAUGGGUGGUUUUCAAGUGACAAUCAACUUUUGAAGUAAACACAUCCCUUUUAUAAUAAAGCCUUUUAUAAUCACCCACAUGUACUACCCAGCCUUUUCAUGAUGAUGUUAAAAAGAGAUUAAUCAUUUCCAUCUUUAUCCUGAAAAGCUGGGAGAUUAUUACUUAUCUCUGUGCUUAGUUUUACUUCCCUUUACAAAAGUUGUUUUUCUGUUUAACAUAUCAUUAUUAAUCAAGUUAUCUUUAUUUGGUAUUGAUUAGAUUUAAUGGUUGGCUGUUGCACUGAAGCCUCAACCCAGAUGGAUUGCUUCACUCCUUGCUGUUCAACAUAGAUGAAUUGUCAAUGCCACCAAGAGGCUUGAAGGACUGACUAUCUGAUGAAAGGGAGUUCAUGCAGUUCACAAAUAUGUUCAGAAGUAGUCGUAGGUAGAAGGACGUUGGUUCCACAAACCAGUUGAACGUACUUGGUCUCUAUAUCCAGUGUUCCCAUUAUCUUCAUAAAGGGUAACGGUCACAUUUGCUAUAUUCUAAUAUAACCGCGUACUACUUUAUACACAUAUUGCGUAACAUCUCAGAGUGCAAAGCGAGCUUCUUUUCCGUAAGAAAUAUAAAUAAAUGCAGGUCCGUGAUCUGCAUCCUCCGUUGGUCCGAUUUGCCAAAAGGACAUCAAUGGUCCCACCUGUCCGCACGUUAUCCGCAGAAACGCAGUGGAUGAGGCGGACGGUAACCUUUCUCAACAUGCGUAUGAAGCGGCAUACUCUCUUACAUGAGAGCACCGUCAAGUGCGACGGUGUCCCUUUAGAAGAAGGCAGUGGUGUUAGGUAGGCCCA